AUGGUAACGAGGAAGCACAUCAAGGUGCAGCACUUCGACGUAUCGCUGACGUGGGCCGGUCGGUACAAGAAAGUGCACUACAGCAAAUUCUUCGGCCUGAGCGACCCUCUCGAGCGAUUUCAGGUGCUGCAGGAAGCGCGCGGUGAUGGCGGCGGUACCGUUCCGCCGCACAUGUACAACUACCUGAAGGAGAUGCACGGGUGGAAGAGCGACGGCAGGUUCAAGCUCAUGGAGGAGACCCAGGUCGAGCACAUCGAGUGGAUUCCCGCCAAUCAGGAGUGCGCGUCGGCAGAGGUCGAGGGGGCUCGACAGUCGCGAGACGAGGGCGACUACUGGUGCGUGAAGCUGUCCACCGGGCAAGUGCUCCACGUAGACUACAUCUGGCUCGCCACCGGGCGGGCGCUCGACGCCGAGAAGGAACCGCUCCUGGGCGACCUCCUGCGCAGCCGGCCAAUUCCCCUGGUGCACGGCCUGCCCGUCCUGCACACCAGCUUGCGCUGGUGCGAUGAUUGGGAGGUGUAUGUGUUGGGCGCGUAUGCGGCGCUUCAACUGGGACCGGACGCCAUCAACCUGGCUGGAGCUCGUGUGGGCAGCUUGCGGGUCUUUGAUGCCGUGAGCUCAAACGAUGUCGUGGUGCGCCACAACGACGACAACGGAGUGCCUGCGGCAGGCGCCACAAAGAAGUCGGAGUCGUGGGUGUGCCGCGAGGAAGACCUCAACCCGUUCUCGCUGUUGACCGACCACUGCGCCGAAUAA